AUGUCCAUCAAAAAUUUACCGACUGAGCUUAUUCUCCUAAUCGCCUCGCUUUUACCAUGCGAAUCAUCUCUCGCUGCCUUGGCCUUGUCAAACCGACAUCUCUAUGAAAUCUGCAACCCUUGCCUUUACCAAUACAAUGUGCUCCACGGUAACAGCUCUGCUUUAGACUGGGCGGUGGAAAAUGACCGGAUCGAUAUACUACAGAAGACGCUAGACGCUGGCGCCCCUUUACCGACAGACCAACCGAAGGAUAGGAGUCAUCCGAUCGAGCUGGCGGCAGAAAAAGGUCAUACCAAUAUCGUCCGAUAUAUGAUUGAUCGCGGCGUAAGCCCCGACAUUGUAAUAUCUGCAAUGUCGGUGGCCGCCUUCCAUGGUCAUGCUUCUGUAGUUGCAUAUUUGCUGCAAGCGGGAGCCAGGCCGUGGAUUAAAAACCGUGUAGGUGAGCCGCCUAUGUAUUACGCAGCGUCUCAGGGCCAUACGGAUGCAGUGGAGCUGCUUUUGUCGGCCCCUAAGGAAUGUGAGGAUAAUCCCGCAAAAGAAGAAAUGAUGAUAUAUUCCUUGUUCGCGGCAAUGGCCCAUGGCCAUAAGGAAAUCGCCCAGAUAUUGGUGAACGCAACUGCGGGUCUCUACCGCACUAGGGCACUGGCUGACGCAGUCAAAUGGUGGAAGAAAGAACUCGUUGUGAUGCUACUUCGAAGUGGCGCACCCACUCAGUUUUGUCGGUCCGAGGUGCCUAGUUUACCGGAUGAUUCACCGAGUAAUGGCGAGAAAUGGGUGCAGCCUCUUCUCCUUGCUGUGCGGAGUGGCAACCUAGAGCUUGCGCAAUUGCUCCUGGAGCAUGGGGCAGAUGCCAAUGUGGAGUGUUUCGCACCCGCUUACGGGGAAAUUGACAGACGUUUUGACCGUGUCCUGUUCUGGGCUGUGGAGAAAUCCGACUGGAAGAUCGUAAAUCUGCUAGUAGAACAUGGGGCAGAUCCGGAGAUUACUGAUCUAUUCGGACGGCCUCCGAUUUCAUAUGCUGUUUACGGAAAAUGUGAGGCUAUCAUUCGCCUCCUGCUCGAUCACGGAGCAAAUCCUUACCAGGCGGUAGAUCAGAGUGGCAGGAAACUUGAUAGAGAUACCGCUAUGAAAUGUAGAAUACUCUAG